AUGUCAACACUAGACUCCAGCAUGACAUCCGGCGACAUCAUCACCGAUCACGGUCCCCCCUUCGAUUGCACUGAUGCCGAUCUCGUCCUUCGUUCGUCGGACAACGUCAACUUUCUGGUACACAAGGCGCUCCUCAAGUUUGCGUCCAGCGUCAUCCGCGAGUUUCCGUUCGAGAUCACUCAGGAAGAAGAUGACCUUCACGAUGGCAAACCUGUAUUCCCCCUCAUCCAAGAGCAUAGCUCAACGGUGGACCAAUUCCUCCGUCUGAUCUAUCCUCUCCCAUCGCGCUCGUGGAACUCUCUGGCUGAGAUCCACGCUGUAUUGGAAAUGGGUCGAAAAUAUGAUGUCGAGCAAAUACCUCGCCGUAUCAGUGACGUUCUACUCCACGGGGUAUUCAUGAAGGAACAGCCUCUUGGCGUUUACGCACUAGCCUGUGGGUACGAAAUGCACGCAGUAGCAGGGCGUGCAGCACGCGUCAUGGUCACUCAAUCCACUCCCGUGCAUCUUAUCCAGGAGAAGGAAUCAACAGUGCUCAGUUGCAUGACGGGGGAGGAACUGUAUGAACUGCUUCAAUACUACCGCGCCGUGAACAACCCCAUUAAGACUGUGAAGCCCGUGCGAUGUCUCUGUCAGUACCAAGUGGAGGUGGUUGACUGGGGGCAAAUUGAAACGACGCGCUCACGCGCGACACCACAUUCAACGUCGACGACCUCGCACUCGUUCUCGUACAGCGCGAUCUUCGAUCUUGCGCGAUUACCUGUCUAUCAACCGAAUGGUGGCUUAGCCCUUGGCACGCUCAACCCGCACUUCCUGUCGCGUUUAUUGCAUUCGAGACUAUUUACGUCCGGUGUGUUCUUUGACGGUUCAACCCAGAUCGGAUACAAUGGCCAUGAUAGCGAUACGUUCUCGCUGUUCAUCCGCUAG